AUGGGGAUACAUGAACUAAACAAAGAAGGAAAAGAGGCUAGUUGCAGGACGAACACCAACUGCACCGAGCAUAUUUUAAGUAGUGCAGUAGAAGAAGAGGUGUACCAAGGCCUCCGCAAAAAAGAGGCAACAUCAACUGAGCGUAUCUGCUCCGCGGUAGAAAAUGCCAUUUCGCCCUGCAUUGCUACACAAAUAGUAAACGCGAGAAUCGUUCGUAGGAUGUGCAGAUUAUUUAAGGUUAAUAGCUCAUUUGACGCGUUCUACAGCAACUUUUCUUCAACAGUUUCACUCCAGUUAAAACGUCCAAGUCAACACUUCGUCGUCGGUAGAGUUUCAUUUGACGCGUUCUACAGCUUCACUCCAGUUAAAACGUUCAAGUCAACACUCCGUCCCGACGCAGAUAUUGAACCCGACAUAUAUGGUAGAAAAAUGAAUCGUUUUAUAGAUAUCGCUUACUCAUCACAGUUAAAACAUAAUCUGAACAUCGAUCCAUAUGUUCAAAUGCUAGUAAAACGCUUACAAAUCAUUCAGGAAAAAACGAAACAGAACGUUAUUAAUAACCAAAUUAAGAGUAAAGCAUUUUUUGACAGAGGCAAAUCUCCGAUCAACUUUGUAGAAGGCAGUAAAGUCUGGCUACUGAACAGAAGAAGAAGAGUAGGAGAAAAUCCUAAAUUCUAUCAAAAAUACGUAGGUCCUUUCAUUGUAGAAAAAAAUGAAGGCUACAAUCGAUAUUUAUUAAAAGAUAUCAACACUGAUAAGCCCUUCAAAUACACAGUGAACGGUAACUCACUCAAAAAGUUUUAUGAUGUUGAUCAAGACAAGAACGACAAACAACAAAGCGCAGUCGAUUUAACAACAAGAAUCAUUAAGGAAGUUAUUAAUAAAACAGUGUUGAAACCCGUUAAAUACUUAGUCAAAUACACCAACAAUGAAGAAGAAUGGCUCGACAAACAUAUAGUUCCACAAUCAUUAAUAAACGAUUAUCAUUUCAGUAAACAUUAUCAUUUCAGGAUUAUCCUACUACUUAUCGGCAUUGCUAAUGCAUACGACGACAAAGAAUUUCUUGAACAUGGAGUGAAAUUCCACACCCUCGGUCAAUUUCAUGUGAAAAUAAUCCUGAGGCAAAAAAAAAGCCAGGAACAGCACAAAGAGGAUUAUUCAGAAAUCACAAACGUCAAAUUGCACAACAAUCCUACAACUUUACUCAUCCUGCAUCAGAGGAAUUGA